UUAGCCACGAGCAGUUAGCCCCAAGGGAGAAGUAGAACAAGGGCCUUCCCCAAGCCUAAGUGCUUCCUUUUUUGGCCUUGAGAUGGCCCCUCGAAAUUCCCCUUCCGUUCUCCAACCUCCUCUUCUCUUCUUCCUGGUCGUCUUCUGCGGCCCCUCCCUUGCUGCAAACACAUCAGCAGUUCCGGUAAACGUCGGACUGAUCCUUGAUUUCGAGUCUCUGGUUGGGAAGAUCGGCAAAUCCUUUAUCUCAGUCGCUCUUGAGGACUUCUAUGGCACUCGCAGCCACAACAAACGGUUGAUUCUUCACAGUGGUAGUUCAGAAAAAGAUGUUAUUGGAGCCACCAACACUGCUAUUGGGUUGUUGAAGAAUGUUGGAGUGGAAGCUAUUAUCGGGCCGCAGAGGUCCGGAGAUGCAGAAUUCAUCAGCAAACUGGGUGAUAGAACUCAUGUGCCCAUCGUUUCCUUCUCGGCUACAAGCCCUUCGCUGUCAUCAAGUGGCAAUUCUUUCUUCAUUUCCACUGCGGAGAGCGACUCCUUUCAAGUAGGUGCCAUAGUUGAUAUUGUCAAGGCCUACGGAUGGAAAAAAGUGGUGCCAAUCUAUGAAAACUCCAACUUCGGGAUGGGGGUGAUCCCCUUCUUAACCGAUGCCCUCCAGCAGAUUGGCGUCGGAGUACCUUACAGGACCCUUCUGCCACCAUCGGCCAACGAUAGCUUCAUUAAUGGAGAGCUGGACCGGCUUGCUUCGAACCAUACUCGGGUCUUUGUGGUGCACUUGCCUCCCGCUCUUGGUGCUCGUCUGUUUCUCAACGCAGAAACUAAAGGUAUGAUGAGCAAAGACUACGUCUGGAUCAUCACGAACUCAUUGGGAAACCUCAUUGGAGUCAUGAAUUCUUCUGUGAUUGCCUCCAUGAAGGGUGUCAUCGGAGUGAAGACAUACGUUCCUUCCUCGAAGCCCUUGAGGGAUUUCGCGGAGAGGUGGAGGCGCAGAUUGGUCGCGGAAAAUCCGGAGAUGGGGACGCAGCCGGAGCGCAACGCGUUUGGCAUCUGGGCCUACGACACGGCCUGGGCACUGGCCCUGGCCGUGGAGAAAGCUAACGGCGUCGGUGAGUACAAUUCCGACGCCCUCAAACCAAAGAAGUCGGCGAACUCGUUCGAGCUGUUGAAACGUGUCUCACCGGCGGGUCGAAAUCUCCUGGAAGCAGUGAGGAAGACACGGUUUAGAGGAUUGAGUGGCGAAUUCCAGCUUGCAGAUGGUCAACUGCGGAACAGAAUCAUCCAAAUAAUUAACGUGGUGGGCAUGGAAGAUCUUCAUGAGAUCGGAUUCUGGCGUCCAGGAUUCGGGCUUUCCCGGACUCUGAGCUCGGAAGACAGGAACAGGAACCCGAACUAUUCAGAUCCUGCCAUUGUACUUAACCCGGUGGUCUGGCCCGGCGGAACAGAGGAGGUUCCCCGGGGUUGGAUGAUUCCGACGGAGGGGAAGAAGUUGAGGAUUGGGGUGCCCGUGAAAGAUGGUUACAAGGACUUCGUCGGUGUUUGGAGGGAUCCGCAGACGAACGCGACGAUCGUGACGGGGUACUCGAUAGACGUGUUCAAGGCGGUGGUGAGCAAACUCCCUUACUCGCUUCCCUACGAGUUGUUCCCCUUUGAGAACGAUCAAGGAAAAAUGGCCGGCAGCUACGAUGAUCUCGUCUACCAAGUCUACCUUCAGAGGUACGACGCGGUCGUCGGCGACACUACCAUCAUCGCAAACCGAUCCAAAUAUGUGGACUUCACUCUGCCCUACACCGAGUCCGGGGUGUCCAUGAUAGUGCCGGUGAAGCCCCACAAGAAGAACGCCUGGGUGUUCCUCCGGCCCAUGACCCUACAGCUGUGGCUCGCCACCUUUGCCUCCUUCCUCUUCACCGGCGUCGUGGUGUGGGCGCUGGAGCGCUGGAAGGGCGGGUCGGAGUUCCAAGGCCCUCCCACCGAACAGGUGGGCUUGGUCUUCUACUUCAUCUUCUCCACCAUGGUCUUCGCCCACAACCAAAGGCUCGCCGGCAACCUGUCUCGACUCGUGAUCGUAGUCUGGGUGUUCGUCGUGUUGAUUCUGACGACCAGCUACACGGCCAGCUUGACGUCCAUGCUGACGGUGCAGCAGCUGCAACCAUCGGUUACCGACAUUCAGACGCUGAUCAGGAAUGGCGACUACAUCGGCUACCGAAACUCGUCCUUCGUGGGGCAGUUGCUGAGGCGGUUGGGCGUUCCGGCGUCGAAGAUCAGGCCAUACACCAAGCCCGAGGACUUUCUGGAAGCCUUCUCCAAGGGCAGCCGCCAUGGCGGCGUUGCUGCCAUCUUCGAUGAGAUCCCUUACAACCGCAUGUUCCUCGGCCAGCAUGGCGAUGAGUAUACUACUGUUGGCCCUACCUACAAAACCGGUGGCUUAGCAUUUGCAUUUCCACGAGGUUCCCCGUUGGUCUCUGAUAUGUCUCGAGCCAUUCUCAACGUGACGGAGGGAGAUGAAAUGAUAGCUAUAGAAAAGAAAUGGAUCAGCAAUCAAACGACCGACGGUGUAGAUUCGACGUCAGAUACAAGCUCCGGCAGCCUUUCGCUCUCAAACUUCUGGGGCCUCUUCCUUAUAACCGGGAUCGCUUCAACUGGAGCUCUCCUUUUCUACGUCCUCUCGGUCCUGUUGGAAUAUUACAAGAAAGACGAGGGCCCUUCUUCUCCCGAGCAUGACACCGAGCAGAAGCGCCUGUGGCUCACAGUGUUGGACAUUAUCAGGCAUUUCGAUGAGAAAGAUCUCAACUCCCUCACUUUCAGGCACAUGAUCAGGAAUAAUGAGGAUCUGGAAAUCAGCGACAAUGCUAUCGAUGAUCGGUCAUGCAGGCAGAGCCCAGUGAGUACUGAAGCAGGACCUGCACCACAUCACGAUGACGAUAGCACAAGUACCGAGCAAGAUGCUUCUACUCGUGGGCGCUCGUCACCAAAUCAUGAAAUCGUUCGCGAAAAUUGAACAUCCGGCUUUCAGUUCGAUGAAGAAUUGGAACUGGAGGUCGGUUUAGUUAACUGAGGAAAUUCCAAAUCCCUGUAAUGUCGCCGGCUGCUUUUUUUUCUUUCUGUUUCAGAAAUGUAGUUGCUCAUAUGAGAGCAUCUAUUGUAAAUGUGGUUUUGAUACUCCUUGGCACAUUAUAUUAGGUCAGUCUAU